CGAUCGACAGCUGAGCAUGUACGGAGCGCGUCUUUUAACCUUUUUGGCCAUCAACUGGCUUGUGGUACUUGCUGCCACCAGUGAGCAGUUCGAGGACUUGACCAUCCCGGAGCCGAACGUGGAUGAUCGAUUCUCACGAUCACUCCAGGGUAUUCCGUCGCAAGCUUACGGACCUCCAGUUCUCUACAACUCGCAGUCAAGCUACUCGGCUCCAGCAGAUUCGAGCUAUUCAGCGUCUAAAGCUUCCGCAUAUGCAGCCCCAGCUCCGAGCUAUUCAGCACCAGCUGCACUGAGCUAUUCAGCACCAAGCUAUUCAGCGCCUAAGACUACCUCUUACUCAGCACCAGCUGCACAGAGUUAUUCAGCACCAGCUGCCCCCAGCUAUUCAGCACCAGCAGCUCCAAGCUACUCGGCACCGCAAGCUCCCGCAUAUUCAGCACCAGCGGCACCAAGCUAUUCAGCACCAGCUGCACCUAGCUACUCAGCUCCCGCUGCUCCAAGCUAUUCGGCACCAGCUGCACCAAGUUAUUCAGCACCAAGCUAUUCAGCGCCUAAGGCUACCUCUUACUCAGCACCAGCUGCACCGAGCUAUUCAGCACCAGCAGCUCCAAGCUACUCGGCACAGCAAGCUCCCGCAUAUUCAGCACCUGCCGCUCCGAGCUAUUCAGCACCAGCUGCUACUAGCACUCACGCAUAUUCCGCACCAGCUGCACCCAGCUAUUCAGCGCCUAAGGCUACCUCUUACUCAGCACCAGCUGCACCGAGCUAUUCAGCACCUGCCGCUCCAAGCUAUUCCGCACCAGCUGCACCAAGUUACUCAGCACCCGCUGCUCCAAGCUAUUCAGUACCAGCUGCACCCAGCUAUUCAGCACCAGCAGCUCCAAGCUAUUCGGCACCGCAAGCUCCCGCAUAUUCAGCACCAGCGGCACCAAGUUACUCAGCACCUGCCGCUCCAAGCUAUUCGGCCCCAGCAGCUCCAAGUUAUUCAGCACCAGCUGCACCCAGCUAUUCAGCGCCUAAGGCUACCUCUUACUCAGCAGCAGCUGCACCGAGCUAUUCAGCACCUGCCGCUCCAAGCUAUUCCGCACCAGCUGCACCAAGUUACUCAGCUCCCGCUGCACCCAGCUAUUCAGCACCAGCAGCUCCAAGCUAUUCGACACCGCAAGCUCCCGCAUAUUCAGCACCAGCGGCACCAAGCUACUCAGCUCCUGCUGCUUCAAGCUAUUCGGCACCAGCAGCUCCAAGUUAUUCAGCACCAGCUGCACCAAGCUAUUCAGCGCCUAAGGCUACCUCUUACUCAGCACCAGCUGCACCAAGUUACUCAGCACCCGCUGCUCCAAGCUACUCGGCACCCAAAGCUCCUGUAUAUUCAGCACCAGCUGCUCCAAGUUAUUCAGCACCAGCAGCACCAAGCUAUGCAGCACCUAAAGCUACUGCAUACUCAGCACCAGCUGCUCCAAGCUAUUCAGCACCCAAAGCUCCCGUAUAUUCAGCGCCAAGCUAUUCAGCUCCCGCUGCUUCUGCAUAUUCAGCAUCCAAAUCUUCUGGAUACUCACGUAUGUUUAGCGCAAUGUUGGGAUCACCGCAGGUCGCAAGCUAUGGUCAGGCAUCAGGUGGUUACGGUGGAUCUUCAGUUCCGGCUCCAGCUUGUCCCACUAAUUAUCUGUUUAGUUGCAAUAGCGUUUUCCAACCAGCUCCGUGUAGCCAAGGAUCCGCAUAUUAAAAGGGAAAAUUAUAACAGCGAAAUAAACUUACUGACAACUUGAAUCGUA